CAGAAUAAGGUGCAGCCUUGGUUUCUUGCAUGGUGGAUUUGCACAAUGUAGGAACAUUUAAUGCUGAUACCGGGUUCAAGGCCGGUUAUUUGAACGAGCUAGAAAAAAUGCUAGAAAAGGCUUUACCAAGAGCAAUGUUGAAGGCGAAGCCAAAUAUUGAAUCUCGGAUUAGGUGCCUAAAAAGGGAAUGGUCAGUCGUCUACGACAUGCUUAAUGGCCAAAACAACAGCGGUUUUGGUUGGGACGAGCAUAGGCAGCUCGUUGUUGCUGAAGAUGCAGUUUGGGAAUCCUAUGUAAAGAGUCACAAAGAAGCCUCUCAGUUCAAACAUCGUUUUUCCUUACUACAACCAACUUCUCGCCAUAUACGCAAGAGAUCGCCAUCAGAGUUGAAUAACACAGAUGUAACAGCAAAGGAAAUGGGGGAGAUGCCUACAGAAAAGUCACUCAACGUGGGGAGAAUACAAAUUUGGGUUUAUUGUUUUUGA